AUGGGUUUUUGCGGAGGCGAACGAGAAAAGUUCGGGAAUUUGAGUGCUGAGCAGAAAUGGGACUACAUUAACCUCGACGACUUCAAAUCUUCAUCAUGCUGGACCCCCUUUGCCUAUGGCUAUCUUUUGGUCAUGCUUGUCGUCUCAUUAUCCGUCUACGCAGUUGACACAUUUACAGCCAUCAACCUCCUCGCCUUCGAUAGAUGGGCUGGUCAAAUAAAGCCCGAGAUCCCACUCAACAUCUCUCGAUGGAUCUUCGCCGGGUGUAUUAUUUUAUCAUUCGUUCUACUCGUCUACCGAUGGAUGAAGGCACUCCGGGUAAUGCGGCAGGGCGGAGUCGCGAAAACCUACUUGGACCCAUUGGCUGUGCGCAUUCAAUCAAUCCGGUGGGGAAAGGCAAGAGGAUGGAAGCGUUUCUUGGUCUUCGCUGAGUUGACAAAGAGUCGAAAGGGAGCCGAUUACGUUGCCUUGUUCGCAUAUUUCUCUUUCGAAGCUUGGCUCCGUAUCGUCUUCGCAGAAGGACCUCGACAAGUUGUCAACGCCAUCACACUAUACUCGGUGUUGAGGUUGAAGUUGGUUCCGCAAGGUGAACACGCUCCAUCAGAUGGCCACUCUCCGGUGGUUCAGUUCUUUGUCAAUGUUGGAAUCUUGGCCGAUUCCAAUCAUUUGCAGGCCGUCGUGCUUUUCGGUAUGCUGUGGACUCUUGUCAUCUGGGUCAUCUCCGUCAUCAGUCUUAUCAUUUCGGUCAUUCUCUACCUCGUCUUUCUUUGGCACCAUAUCCCCACUGAGGAUGGAGGACUAACGGGGUAUUGCCGUAACAAGAUUAACCGAAGGAUGGAGAGGGUUAUCAAGAUCAAGGUUGACAAAGCACUCAAGAAAGAGAACGCGCUCCGAGCCCGAGCAGAGGCCAGGGCGGCUCGUGAAGGGACAGAUAUGAAGAAGCAACCGACCUUGCCGAAUAUUGCGGGUGCCGAUGGCGACUCGCUUCCUCCGCUGUCAAGACAGACGACAAUGACAACUCUCCCGGAGUACACGUCUCGACCAGCCACAAGCAGGAGCAGUGACGAUGCAGUUCCUACUCUGCCUGAUAUCACGCCUCGCCCACCCAUGCCUACUCGAACUGUAACCCAUGGAUCCGCAGCGUCGUGGUCAAGCUACACGUCAAAUGCUCCAUUGAUGGGCUCGGCCGCAGACAUGGGAUUUGUACCUGAUCGGGUCCAGACACCAGCGUCUGAGGCGAACAGUCCCUGGUAUGGAAGGCCAGCACCAAACCGCAGCGUAUCGAACCUGUCACAACCUCCGCAACGGUCCUUUAGUCCUGCCCUUCCUCGACCAGGUACAGCACAGGGUGACAGAAGUGGUCCUGGUGCAUAUCAGAUGGAUCCUCUCCCACGACCUGGUACGAGCAUGUCUAGCAAUGGACGGGGAAGAUAUCCUUUGGAAAACAGCAACGCCUUCCCAUAUCCAGAUGAUCGAAGCUCGACGCCAUCGACUCAGCCACCAUCAUGGUCAGGACCAAACUUCGAUAGCCAAAUUGACGCAUCAGGUCGUCGUACCCCCGGGCCUGCUGUUGGACCAGCAUUUGCUGGUAUUCCCGAAGAAAGAGGACGAAACUCACCCCUACCGGGACCUCAGUUCCGAUCGCAAACUCCCACUCAGAGUCCCCCAGAAAGGUCAUUUACACCAAAUGGCGUCGGGCCAGUUAGGUCCAUGACACCGAGCGGAGGCCCAACGCUGCCUCGACUACAGACGUCAAACUCUGCUCGUUAUAUUCCUUACUCGGCAGAGCGAUCGAUGACUCCGGCAUCAUCAAUUCCUCCAAGUGCUACCAUUCGUAGUGUCACCGAGCCAGUAAGGACAUACACCCCUUUUGGACCACAGUCGGGUCUCCCCAGUGGUCCCCGAGAUAGGCCAACUCCACAGAGACAGGGAAGUCAAGGAGUGGACGACAUAUUGGACCAUUAUUGA